AAACAUUACAAAGAAAUCUAUCAGUGAACCUUUGAGGUUUCUUCCCUUCAUAAUGCUAAUCGACCGCGACAAAGACACCAGCGAGUACUGGCGGGAAACUGAAAUCCUAUCGCUGGUAAGAAACAACGAUGCCAACAUAGAUUACGAGAAAUGCGAGAUGAGUAGCCCGGAGAAACUGUUGGUGCAGAUACCUACCAGACGAACUGUCAGACCGAUUUGUAGGAGUAAUAAUGAUUUCCAGCUGUGCCCCCAAUGCCCCCGCUUCAACAACUUUACUGAAUGCGAGCUCUUCCGUGAUUCAUGCAAAGAACGCAAGGUGUUCCCAUCGGAGUUUAGUACGUACUGCGACCGGAAGUAUGGCCGGUGGAGGGCCAUGUUCAUCCCAGCAGAUUACGCGCAGUGCCGCUGCUGUGACGAGUGCGUUUUCUACAGAGAACUGGACCAAUCAUGUGUGGAAGACGAGUACAACUUUGACGCUGACGAAUUCUUGCCUGUCACAACCAUCGAUUUUAGAGCUGGCUGCAAUCCUUAUUGGGGUCAUCCAGAACAAGAGUAUAGAGCACUGCGCUGUGACAAAAUCUUAAGGAGAUGUGUGCCUGUUACUGUACCUCCGUUGCCGAGUGAAACAUUGAAUAUCCGACGCAGCUACCGAUUCGAGCCUCCAACAGAAGGAAGCGACUGUCCCGUGUCGUGCCGAGGGCUCGAAUGUCGAGGUGGGCUCGUGAAGGAGUCAGAGUGUGCCGCCGGAGCCUUCCUGCCCGAUAAGGAGCAGUGUAAUUGCUGCGGUAGAUGCAGCACCUACCACCAACUCAAUCAGAAAUGUGCAGAAUUCAAGAAGACUGUCCACCACAUUAAUGGAACAAAGGAAACCGAGGUAGAAGAAGAGUUUUUAGAGCCGGGCUGUGAUGACGGCCUGGUGUGCAGACAGGGCUUCUGCCAAGACAUACACACCGUCCAGGUGUCCGCUGGGUUCAGGAGAAAACGUGACCAAAGAUUCCUAGAGGCUAAAGAGCCAUGCAAGAAUGAGUUGAAAUAUUUCAAGAAGAAGUACGGAAAAGAUGGUCAUCUUCAUUACAACGCCCCACAAUGCACUCCUCUGUGGCUUUAUGCUCCAGUUCAGUGUCGGCGAUUCGUUUGCUAUUGUGCCUUAGAAGACGGCACUAUCAUAGAUGGAAUAAAGGUGCCACGCGUUGAAGUGUCCAACAUGAACUGCGAUUGUGUGCGUGAAAAGUGCCGUACGGGUGCGGACGUGGAGUGCGACGGGUACGGGAAUUAUAAGGGGGCAACGUUCACGUCGCAUAUUGAGGAGUGGCAGGAUCAGCUGGCAAAGGGUGAUCUACGAAAGUCAACGAAAGCCCAGGAAAUGAGGUCAGGUUACGAAGCGAAACCGACAUAAAGUAUGAUGAAGCAUUCGACAUAAUAACCUCUA